AUGGAGAACUCGCCUUCCAUUUCCCUCGUGGAUAAUACCGCCCCACAGCAACCUCCCGGCGAAGGAUCUACACGGCGCACAUCCACCCUCAAUCAAGGAAGCUUGACGAAGCACCUGAGCCGUGCAUCCGUCCAAAGUCAGCUCAAAAAGCGGAAAUACGCAAAAUGGCAACCCGAUAGACUCGGUAUCGCGCCCGACACAAACGACUUGCCCAGCCGAGAAUCCUCCCAGGUGCGCGGGGACUCAAUCUCAGCAAGCUCCCGGGGAGAAGGCAGCGGUGGCAGGGAUGUCGAAACGGCUGACUUCGCGCCAUCGCGAGUCUCGACUAAUAAUGGGAAUGGCAGCGGCAGCGACCAGGUGAAUGGAGUAGAAGACCAGACCAACGGCCGCGAGGACGCCAAAUCGCGCUCGGAAAUGGACGUUCUCUACGAGAACCAGCGGGGCUGGUUCUUUUUCGGUGUCCCACGAUACUCACAUAGCUCGCUAUUGAAUUUCGACCCCAGCCCCUGGAUGACCCAGGACCGCAGAGCCAGUCCUGUUAAUAUCACGAAUGCCCAACUGCCUGAUCCGAGCUGGGAGUGGACGUGGAAGACAUGGUAUGUUGACAUGUCUGGCGAUACCGAUGAGCAAGGAUGGCAGUACUCUUUUUCGUUUGCCUCGUCUUCGUGGCAUGGUACGCAGCCGUGGUUCCAUUCGUUUGUUCGAAGGAGACGGUGGGUGAGACUACGGACUAAGGUCCAUCCACGGCGGAAUCUUGGUCGCUCAGACUUUGAGAAAUCGCACAUGCUUACAGAGGACUAUUUUACUAUUCAUUCGUCCAAGGUCAGAAGUCGGGAGCAGAGCACUACGGGACUGCCCCGGGUGGAAUCUGGAUUCUUGAAUCAGGCGAGCAUGACCGUUGAUGAGGAGUCACAUGUCGAUGAGAUUGGGGAUAUACCGACUUUGAUGCAUGCUUUGAAGUUAGCUUCCAUUGAUCGAGAGAGGAUUGAUGCACUGAAGAAAUUUAUUGAGGUGGGAGGCGACGAGCUCUAUUAUCUGAAUGACAAGAUACCAGAUAUAAUGCCCAUGUUCCUAUUCCAGACCUCCCGCUGGCAAUUUGUAACAUAUCUUUCUGAUGUCAUUCGUGAGCUGUCCAAGCCUUCCACCGAGUCCGAUAAAGACGCCGAUGCAGUCCAACGCAAGAAAGACAAUCUCACCCGUGCCGCAGAAUCUUGCAAGCGCCAUAUCACCGGACCUGAUGUCUUUAAAGGUGAUCAUGGAGAGUCAGGAACGGAAUUGUUAGACUUGACUCCGAUCGCCAAGAAUGAUACAUUAAUGGCUAAGCGGCCGGUCUUGGAGGAGCGUGCGAGGUCGAUGAGGCGGGUUUUCAGGGGCAUUCCCAAGGCUGCUGAGAUUGACCAUGAAGCUCCGGCCACCGCCUACCUGUUCGGCGGCCCAGCAAUUUUCGGGGCAAAAAGGUCCAUCGAAAAAACACCUCAAACAGCAACGCGCCUAAUUCUUGUCUCCUUUCCCAUUCAUGUCUCGGGUGCCAUUGGAGCAUCGUCCCUUAUGCUCUUGCGUGGCGGCCCGUGUCUAAGGAGGCGUCUGUCUGCCGUCUUGGACACUGUCGCGACUGGCCCCGAUGAGCCUCUUUUGUUUCUUUACCCCCGCUGGGCUGCGCCUGCGUUGCAGCGUCGACGGAUAUCUUCCCUGAAGUCGAUUGAUACUCCAGCCAGGUUAGGUCAUAGUUCUGGCAUCCCGUUUCGCACAUCAGUUCGCCCCUGUCCUUCGCUUUCUGGACACUCGCGCCAAUGGAUCUCCUCUGAGUCUUCCUCCCGGUCUCCCGACGAUUCAAAUCCGCAAUCGCCCCCUGCGGUGGCCCGAGAGAAUUCUAAAAUAGGAAAGGGCAAGGAAACUGGCUCCGAUGGUUUGAAUGGAAGUGGUGGAGGACGGCUCUCCACAGAUCAGAAACAACCUGUCAAUUCCCUCGCAGGUGUCGAACACGCCCCUCCAAUGAAACCACUGCGUGGAUUCGCAUUGACGAGAGCGAAGAGAAUACAAAAAGGACGACAGCACAAUAAACCCCUGGACGCCAAACCUUCGCCUCCUACACAGAAGCAACUUUUUUUACGAAAUACAUCGAUUAGAGAUCGGAAGAAGUUGCGGUUUCGAGAAUAUAUGAAGAAGAAAUAUCAAUCUCGUUCAGCAAAGCUCUACGACAAUGCUUGGUUUGAUACUAAGGAGAUUCUGGACGAAGUACAACGCGAUAACCGAAGAAAUCCCAAGAAGAGUUUGAACAAGAAGGAGAUACUUGUGCCAGAGGAGACCCUCGCCCUGUUUUCUGGUGUGACUCGUUAUACCUUGAAAGAGAAUAUUUGGUACAUCCCGCUUCAUAAUGGAUGCCGUGUGCACAUCCUACCUGCAAGUCAGAGCAAGGGAUUACUCCGUCGAGUCAUUUUGAGUGCCACGGACCAUAUUAUGGCGCUGGUGGAAGGGCGUUUUACCCGCGCACAGAGCCUACAAGCUAUGGGAGAUCCACUUGUUGAUAUCCACAAACCACCGGUUCCGAUGUGCAUUUCUCGGGGCGCGGUGCAGCGUUCGAAGUUUCCUGUGCCGUUGAUUCGUGGAAAUUGGCAUUUCGGUGAAACGUCAGAUAGCAGCUCGAAUUUGGACGAGAUUUUGCUACCUCGUCCGGUUAUUGCCACCGUGAAGGAGUUCAACGAGCACGUUGAGGAUGUCACAUCUGCGAGGCAACCGACGCUUGAUGAGAAGGCCAUGUCUCUAUCAAAGCUUCCGCACGAGGUCCGGAUUAAACUACACCUGAAGGCGCUAUUCAUGGAAGAAGCAUACUCCAAUUACAUCUCGACUGCGGCCUUAAAUAAUGCGCUUGAAUUCCUCUGUCGGCAUGAGUUCCUUGAUACUGCCCGAACCUUGUUUUCAUGCACAGAGCAUGUGGCUACCACUGAUACAUAUAACAUCCUGCUGCGGGCUGCUGCGAAGCGUCAGGAUGUGGCUGUCUUUCGUCACAUCCUGCGGACGAUGUCUCGAUUACACAUGCGCCCAAACCCAGAAACAUGGCUUGCAUUGCUCAGCGCCCUGGUUGACCCCAGCGAAAAAGCCCAGCUCAUUGAACAUAUGGUCCAGGGUGGUCACAUGUCCAACCUUUCCACCAUCCACAGCGCACUCCAGGAGACAAUCCAAGAUUCGCUUUUAGUGCAUCUGGACAGCGGGAAAGAUAUAGACUCCUUCAUCAGUCUCAUGACCAAUACAUGGGGCGCUAAUUGGUUCAGCCCUUCCGUGGUCGGCCAGAUGUUCAGUGUGGUCGCUCGAUUGAAGGAUUUCGAUUCUGUAGACCGGCUCAUGGAAAUCUGCAUCGACAACAAUCUCACUGUUGACAGUUAUCCGCUCAGCCAUAUUGUGCAUGCGCUGGGCGCGAACAUCCACGUGGCUUUGCAGUAUACCCUUCGGUUUUUCGAGCAUCCUUUGUUCGAGGUAACCUCGCAAAAUUGGGAGGAUUUGUUUUUGGCCGCAUUCAGACACCGCCAGUACAACAUCUGCCUGGUUAUAUGGCGGUAUUCCUGCAUGAAAAGCACCGUGACCUACAAGAUGAAGCAGGCGGUCUUGACAUCCUUAUGUCGCAACGCCUCCUUUGGCAAACCCACGAGACUCGACAGAGAUUUGUGGAGCUCCGAUGCCGGCAAGGUCAUCGUCGGCAUCGACACGCACCAUGAGAACUACAGGCUUCCAGACUCCAUUCUGGACGAGAUCCCUUCCGAAUUCCGUCACAAUCCUAUUCUCUACCUCAUAGGAUGGAAACCCAGGGGUGAGAAGCGAGAUCUCCAAAUCCGCCUUGCCAAUGCCCUCGUUAAGCGUGACAUCAUCCUUGGUGCAACCCGCUAUGUCCCCCAGCAUCCUUCCCCGAUUAUGCUGGACGCAGCGUCCAUCUUGGACAAAGAAUGGCGUGGUGUACCGCGGCCGCUGACUUGGAAGAUGCAGAACGCCAUUCAAGUUCCCAUCGUCCGCAAAGACAAAGACCGAGACCAAGGCAGAACCAAAGACCAAUAA